AGGCUUAUCCUUGGGUUGGCCCUGGGCGAUCCUACCCCAUGUCUCCAGAGUGUCGUAGUUCAGUCAGAGGUGUGGGAUAGACUAAGCUUCAGUGAGGCCAAGGUGGACCCGGAGUCCUGAGGAAAGCUUGUUAUAAAGGCCGGGAAACAAGGAAGCUCCAUGAAGCAUAGCGCAUAUCCUGAUCCCCAGGAGACAGGUGGAAACGACGCUUUCCUUGGGAACACUGAAGGGCUGACUCCGUUAAGGGGGGCAAAACGGAAGAGGACGAACGAGAAGAAUGGGUAAGUGAGUCCAUAAGGAACACUCUGGAUUCCAGGACGACUCUCGUUGGACUUGCAAUUUCUCCAGUUCUGUUUUGCCUUGUGAUCAAGACACAUUGUGAUUGAAAUAGUUGCGGAAAUCGUUUACUCCAUCCAAGUCAAGACACCUUGAUCAUGCCUUUGGAUGAGAAUGGGUCAGAUCUACUCGCUUGAUUCCGCAUUCAGGACCAGGAAAUCCAUUGGAAACUCCCUUGCGCAAGAUUUUGCGGCCGUUGUGAAACUGAUCAAGUCAUCGCCCUUGUCGGACGAUAUCCUGCUGACCACACCAAAGACCUCUGCUCACAAGGCAUUCAGGAACUAUAUUGAUCCGCAAAAGAAGAAAAAAGAGGCCAUGUCCAAGCACAUUGGAAACAUGUCCAACCUGUUCAAUAUCGGAUUCAUCGAUGCCGACAACAUCCAACAGUUUUGGCCAAAGAUCGAAAAAUACCUGCUGCCCAUUGGAAUCCGGGUGUUCAUAUCCAUGCUGGAGAGUCGUUGCGAAAAGAUCCCGGCUUGCAAGAAGACCUGUUGCAAUGGGAGAGAUAGUUCCAAAUCCCAACCCUGUCCAAACCAGAUCAUCUUGAAUGAGGAGCUCCAGAAGUUUGUCCUUCUCCUCAUGGGCCUGAUGAGGCGCACGGUGAAGCACAUCAAUAACCAAGCCUCCGUGCUGAAACUCCUCCACAAAGUGAGUCGGAAACAUUUUAGUAAGCUCAACUUGGACAUUACCAAAAUUGACCAUGAGGCGAUUGGCGUCCACUUCUCCAAUGCCAUCCGGGAUAUCAUCAUCCACACCACGGCCUUCACUCCGGAUGUCGAGGGAUCCUAUUCUUUCUUGAUCCGCACUCUAGUGGUCGCCAUGCAAAGGCUGGCCCUCACGCCUCCUCCAGAACACGAGGGAGACACAAAUUCCGAUGAGGAGGAUCCUGAUGAACCCAUUGAUAUUCUUAUACAUUCCAAUAACGGCUCGAUUCUAUCCAGACCAUUCAAUGGUGCCCCGUUCAGAGGAUCCCUAGGAAGCAUGGGUCCAAAUCCAAGUAUUGCAGGCGAGUCUGGAACGAUUAGGAAACAACAAGCUUUGGCGAAAAGGACUCCCAAAUCCGCCAGGUUUUCGUCAAUUGCAUCCUCGUCCAACCCAAUCACAAAUGUCUAUCCCAAGUUCGACAAGGUCUUGCUGGAGUACGGAUGCCAAACUUUUCAAGACUUUUUUGAAAUGAAUCCGGAUUUGUUGUGCCAAUUCGACCAGUACCACGUGAUCAAGCUAGACGAGAAUGUGAAUGUAGCAGACGCACUGAAAAUGCACACCUCUAAGAUUCUAGCUUUAGUUGAGGAUAUUGCCAGUAACUCUGAGAAUCCAGCGAACAUUAUGUCGUUGCUCAAGGACCUCGGGAAACAUCAUAACGAGCAAGGGAUCACUGAAGAACAUUUGGACAUGAUGGGUCCAAUCAUUUGCCAUACCAUCAGACCAGUGGUGUUCAAAGCUGGGCUUUGGAGUAUUGAAGUGGAAAAGUCCUGGAACCAUCUCUUUGAGAUGUUGGCAGCUCUCAUGAAGAAAGGAUUUCCACAUGCAUCCCAACGAUCCCUCAUAUACAUGAAUAAUUUUCCCAAUCUGACUCACAUCAUUAUCCUCAAAGACACUUGGGCAUCGAUUGCCCACCAAAUGCACGAACUGGGACUAACUUCAGUUGUGAAGCUCUUUAAGAUCAAUUACAACUUGAGAUUUUAUUCCUCUCCCAAAGUCCGUUAUCGUCCCAUGAAAAUGCACGAAGAUACGGAGCAUCUCAGUUUAUUAUUCAACUUGUUGGUGUCCAUCAUUGACCACAUCGUGAAUGGGUUUCCCAAUUCAAGUUCUGGAGAUCUGGGUGAAGUGUUUACCUCUCCGGCCACCAAGAAGAACAUGGCCAUGUUGAAAGAGCCAAUGGAGUGGCUGGGUCCGGUGUUCUGCAAUACAGUCAGACCUUUGCUCCUGGUCCAGGGCAAAUGGAGCUAUCAGGUGGAACUGUCCUGGAGAUUAAUGUUCAAGCAUUUGAUGAAACGUCAUCCUGGAGCGGAGAGGCGUCAACGUGAAGCAGACGAAGCCGACCACCGACGGUUUUAGCCCAUUAUGAACCAAUUAGGCCGCCCUAACACAUUGUCAAGUCAGACCACAACCCUUAUUUACCUUGUAUGUAUGUAUUCAUCGAUCAUCAUGUUGACUUUGUUAGAAAGGUGUGUCUGUCUAGUUAACUCUCAUUCUGAUUAAAACGUGAACGCUCUGAA